AUGCAAAACCAGAUCGACAAAGCGUACACAGCCGUAUUUUUCAAUCUUACGCUGGCAAUAGUGUUUACCGACGCUCAGGCAUCCACGCCUUCCAGCGACCCUCCCUCCCUUACCACUGUUCUUCGCCAAACGUCUCUAGCGGCAAUUGACUCACUUACUGUUUCCGGAAACAAAGAAGAGGUUGUGCCACAGAUCAGAUCCAUCAUAGCAUCAUAUCCUGAUACCCGUGGUGAGCGACUGAUCAAAUACUUGCUGGACACUGCCUUUGACGAAACAGACCUCAAACCUGAAUCUCGCGAGAUUGCUCUACAGAUUCUCAAAGAAGAGCUCGGGAAGUACACUUCUACGGACGUUUCUCAUCUGGAGUCUUUUGCUGGGCCCGUUUGCGAGUUCCUGAAGAAUUCAUCCAGAUACACACUAUCGGACAUCUACAAUAAACUUGGCUUAUCUGGAUUCCAGACCGUGUUUGCCACUCUUGAUAUCGAGAAUACUAAAUCUCAAUACUGGAGAGAGAUAUCUGAACAAUUUGCUCCUGUCUAUCAACAAAAUCUACCGGGUCUUGUUCAACAUCUGAAUCAUUUAUCGGAGAAAAAUAAUCUCCAAGGAGAAGAAGCUGCUGCGUACGGGAGAUUCCUUCGGUUAUUUCUCGAAUCUAAAGUUUUCACAGCACCUCACAAACUACUGAUUGUUGAACACUUGGUCAACAUUUUGAAGAAAAUCGACAAUAGCAAGCUCCAUCAAUUAGUGCACAAGGAAAUUGACAACUAUUUCUUUGAGUUAGGCAAGAUGGAGUUCAGAGAAGUGCUACAGAAUUUCGAGCCAUCGAAAUUACUUCCUAAUAAAAUGCUCACGGACUUACUCGCAGCUCAACCAGAGGCACAACUGGACGAGGCUAUCGCCAUCCUGAUGUCAGAGAUAUUAUAUCCUGGUUCACAGAGACUGUGUGGUGCUAACACCGACGCCAUCACGGCACUCACUCCUGCUAGCGUUCCUGAGGCAACCGCAAGAGGAGCCCAAAUGGCCAACGUUAUUAAUAGAUUGAAGACACAGCCAAACUGGCAACAUGUGUUUGACCUUGUGCUGAAAAACACUUCAACAGCUACGACCAUGACCACUGCAUCGCUUUCCGAAUUUUUGUCUGCAUUAGAAAAGGAAGAUCUUAUCGAUUUGUUCCUCUCAACGGCAUGUAAAUCUGUCAAUCCCCAACUGCUGAAAGAUUUGCUGAUUCAAUUAAAUUCUCUAGAUCCUAGUCAGGGGUCGAUAAACCUGCUUGACUACAAUCUGGAGCCGAUCCUAUCAUCAGAGGUCAAUUCGAGAAAUUUGCUUUUAUAUUUCAAAUCAAUUGUCAAGAUCGAGGUUAAGACGAUUGCUCUUCUCCAAAACGAGAACAUUAAUGACACCGUUGUGAGCAACAUAUUUGCCAGAGACUACAGAGCUGCUCCAGAGUACAUUGUACUGGCAUGUAUUUAUAUUCUGCACGAUGAGCCAGAGGCCAAGGAAAAUGAUGUGAUUGUCAAUAUAAUGCAAAACUUUAUUGUUUCGCUGCUGGAUGUGAGCUCUCCAUAUUUGAGUGCCAUUUUUACUAAAUUUGAGGAGUUCAAUCCUGUUGAGUUGGGCAAGUUGCUGGUCAAAUAUUACGAGGUGAGAAAGUCCACUGAUUCGAUACAUAAGAUCGCCAGUCUUACUGCGUCCUUCAAACGUGAUACGGUCAUUAUGUCGAUCCUCUCUAAUUCAGUCGAUUUUAAAGACGCAUUCUCGUUUGCUAUCAUAUUCUCCCAAUAUGGGUGGAAACGUUUCCAGGAAUUUGUGUUGACCCAGCUUGAUAGAAAUAUCAGCGUUGUUGCGGGCACAAUCAUCGAAUUCAUGGAAAUACAAGCCACCUUAGAGUAUGAAAGCGCACAGCAAGGCCAUCGACUAGCCAAAUCUCUGAACCUAGAGACAGUUUAUUUCUUGAUGACCACUUUGGCGAGUAAGCAGUUGCCACCAGAACUGUUUGAGAAAUUCAGGAAUUUGCAGGCUUUGUGCUUGCAGGCCUAUCCUAGAUUGAUCAACUUUGGGCAGGGUCAUGACACCGCCAUUUUGAUGAACAGCUCCACGAACACGUUCUCCAUUGACGUUGAAAAAGAAAUGAAAGUGUACUAUCAAAAGAUGUACAACAAGGAAAUCGAGAUCAAAGACAUUAUCAAUAUGCUUCAAAGACUGAAAGCAAGUGACAAUCCUCAUGACCAAGAUGUGUUUGCCUGCAUGAUCCACUCCCUUCUGGACGAGUAUAGAUUUUUCCCUGAAUACCCUGUGGACGCACUUGCAACCACUUCUGUUCUAUUUGGAAGCACCAUCCUUUUUCGACUUGUCGAAGGGCCUGCCCUUUCCAUUGCACUAAGAUAUAUCAUUGACUCGGUCAGACAGCCACCUGAAAGCAAGAUGUUCAAGUUUGCAGUUCAGGCCUUGUACUCAUUCAUGAAGCGUCUUGCCGAGUUCCCAAAGUUCUGUGCUAUGCUUUGCGAAAUACCCGCUUUAAAGAGCCAGCCUCAGCUUUAUGAGGCAUGCAAAACGGUUGCAGCGGGGGGAUCAUUACCAUCGGCUUCACCGCAGAAUUCCAACGCCAAUAUUUCGACUCCCCACCAGAAAGCCAAAGAGCUAGAUCCAUCUGAAUAUGUUUCCAAAUGGGUUUCUAUUCAGGUGCCUGGCAAGAUUUUUGAUGAUGUUAGACAGGAGAGUCCUGCUGCAGAGACUUUGGAUAGAGUGCUAUUUAUGGUGAACAAUCUAACAGAUGAUAACGCCGAUACGCGUUUGUUGGAGUUAAAGGAGCUCUUGGACGCAAAGUAUUACAAUUGGUUCUCCAAUUACCUGGUCAAUCAGCGUGCCAAGUUGGAGCCAAACUAUCAUGCCUUAUAUGGACGUAUUGCUGAACACUUUGAUUCCACGUUGUUCGAUGCACAUCUACUUCAGGCCACUUUUCAGCAAAUCGUGCUACUAUUAAACAAGGCUCGCGAAUCAACCGAGCCGGAGGAUAUUGCAGAUAUUUUGACAUCCACGGAAAGAUCGCAUUUGAAAAACUUGGGUGCAUGGCUUGGCCGUUUAACGCUAACUAGGGACAAACCUAUCCUACAUAAAAACAUAUCGUUCAGGGAUUUGUUGGUGGAGGCUUAUGACCACAAGAGGUUGGAGAUUGUGAUUCCCUUUGUUUGCAAAGUAAUUGACCAAACAAAGUCAUCAAAGGUUUUCGAGUAUCCAAAUCCAUGGUUGUUGGGAAUUUUGCAGCUGUUGAAGGAGUUGUAUAAUGUUGCCAAUCUCAAAUUGACUCUCAAGUUCGAGAUCGAAGUUGUUUGCAACUCCUUGAAGGUUGAUCUUAACAAAGUUGAGGCGGCUACUACCAUCAGAAACCAUAAACCAGGAGAACUGGAGCGUUUCGUGGAGUCCCAAAAGGUGAUUAUCAAGCUCGCAAGAAUGUCUUUGGAAGACACAAAGUCGACCCCUCAAAAUCUCGUGGGCAAUCCAGCCACGCCUCUAGCCAACCUCAACCCAUCGGUGCUGACUGCUCCACAGAGCGCCCCGCAAACUGCCCAGCAACAACUCAAUGUCCUCCAGCAACUACAGCAGCAACGUCUCAUGGCCAGCGCGCAAUCGCAACCGCAACAGCAUCUGCAGUCCGAAAUUCCUGGUGCUCCAGUUUCCUCGUCGAGCUCACCUGCAGUUAACAGCAACAUGCCUACUUCUGGUCAAGGUGUUGCACAGCAACCAGGUUCUGCAUUUGAGAACUUGAAUGGAAACUCUGUGUUUGUAACGCAUCCAAACCUUAGAAGAUUGUUCCAAUUUGCAAUUACUAAGGCAGUGCGUGAGAUUUUGCCUCCUGUUGUGAGCAGGACCAACUCUGUUGCUCUCGUGACUACGAAGUCUUUGGUCUUGAAGGAUUUUGCAUUUGAAGUGGACGAACUAAAGCUCAGGAAGGCUUACAUCAACACUGUAAGACAUCUUUCGGAGUCUCUCACUCAUGCAUCCUGCAGAGAUCUAUUGAGGGAGAACAUUCAGUUGAAUCUACAUCAAUACAUCAGCUCUCUAGGCCAACAUAUUGAUGCCGCUAUUUUGGAGGAUCUGCCAAGAGCCAUCAACGACAACUUGGAUUUGGCCUGCUCUAUCAUCCAAAAGGCUGCAAUGGAAAAGUCAGUUCAGGAUCUGGACGAAAUGAUGCUACCAUCCAUUGCUUUGAGAAGACAAUUUAGAGACUCUAGACCGGACCAGGCCUUCUGUGACACCCAGCAUGCUUCCAGAUAUGCUAUGUCUCUUCCGGACCCAUUAGGAAUCAAACCCAACGGAGUCACUGCAAAACAAUUCUCUAUCUAUUCGGAAUUUGGAAAACCUAAGAACAGUACCAGUUUUGCAGGUUUGGGUGGAACUCAUGCCGCUUCAGGUGGCGUUGCCCCAGGCAUGGCUCCGGAGGCUGUCGCUACACCUCCUUCAGUGAACGCUGGUGUUGACCAAGCUGCCAUGGCUCAGAGAAUAUUGCAAUUGCAAGCACAAGGCCUUACAAAUAGCUCUGCUGUUCUUACAGCCGGUAGCCCGGCCGAUGCCGCACAUGCGCAUUUACCUGGUGAGCAACCUCAACGUACCCUCGAGCAGUCCUUUAUUUACAUCCAGCAGCUGUUAGAGGCCGUUGUGAAGUCAAUAGAAGAGACUCCGGAGAAGGAAAUUCAUCUGAGAGAAAUUGCCAUUGACCAUCCUUUGAGAUCGUACUUGACCGAAUUAAUCCAACUUCUGAGCAGAUUGAACCAUAACGAGUUGCAAAUGAAGAUUGCACAGGUGGUAAUGAACACUCUGUUCAGUGCACAGAAUGCUUCGCAGCUAUUUGUGGAGGCUUUCAUUUUCCUUCUUGACAAGUCUUGUGAGCUGUCGUCAUACGUUGCCAAGUUCGUCACCACUUGGUUGAUCAAUGCUGAAGACCCAAGAAAGUUUAAUAGGAAAGUGAUGGCUUCGCUCGUCCAGAUCGGAAUGGUGUCCUUAGGUGAUCUGGAUUUGAGUAUUUCCAAGGCUCUUGUCAACAGAAAGGAUGAAAUGGUGCUCAAUUUUGCAUCCGGAUUAGUUCUCGACAUGGUGUUUGGGACAACUCCUACGGCCUUGAGAUCCGACUUUACAAAUACUAUUACCGCUGUAAAGUCACUCGACAGGGAGAUUGUGGAAAAGAGUGUCUUGACUCAGGAACUCCUCAGACAGUUGGACAAUAAAGUUGACUUACAGAUUGAGAAGUUCAAGACGUUGAUGCACGAUCCAACCAAACUCAAAGACUAUUUCGCAUACAUAUUUGCCGAGUGGGUGAAAUUGCUCAAAUUUGGCAAUUCUUCCAAGGAAUCGCAACUGGAUUUCCUCAAUCAACUUUACGAUCUUGAUGUGCUGACCAAACCAGACUACUUUGUUUUGUUCUUCACCACUGCCAUGGAGAUGUCUGUUCUUUCGUUUGUGAAAGAGAGCGAUGCCUCAAAGAAGCUGGUCGUUGAGUCUUAUUCUGCCAUUGAUGCGUUUGCAGAGCUUCUCAUCCAAUUGGUUCUCAUUCAGGAUGACAUUGCAGGAGCUCGCGUCAACUUCUUCAAAUCUGCGCUUUCUGUGGUUCUUCUGGUUUUUGCUCAUGACCACGAGGCCAACAAGGCUAACUUCAAUGAGCGGCCAUACUUCAGGUUCUUCUCUACACUUUUGUGCAACUGGGCAACUUUGACUCAUGAGAACUACGCCUCCGUUGCAGACAACGAACCGGACAUCAAGAAGCUCAACAAGUUCAACGUCAAAUUCUACCACAUUCUAUGCGACUUCUUCUUAGCUUUGCAACCAGACGCCUUCCCAGGCUUCACCUUUGCUUGGGUCUGUUUGAUUUCUCAUCGUAUGUUCCUUCCAAUCAUUUUGGAGCUGGAAGAGGACUCUGAAACAAACCAUGCCAAGUUUGCAUCGCUUUUGGUGUCCCUGCUUCGUUUUGAGAGCACGUACGUCAGGGACAAGCAGCUUCCUGAGGCUAUAUCUGUGGUCUACAAGGGAACACUGCGUGUGUUCCUCGUUCUGUUGCAUGAUUUCCCACAGUUUCUCGUGGAGUCCGCCAACGUUUUGGUGAGCGCAAUGUCUCCCUCGUUUGUCCAACUGCGGAACGUUGUUCUUUCUGCUGCUCCGCCCAAGAUGGACAUCCCAGAUCCGUUCCAGCCUGGCCUCAAGGUGGAUAGACUUCCAGAUAUUGCUGUGUCUCCUCCGAUUUUGAGCCCGCCGGGCCUGAUCCUGCAAGAGAGAAAUCUUAAGAAGCUGGUGGACUCUUAUAUGCGCAUGCCUUCGGCAGCCACACUCAAGCAAAUCGUGACAGCGUUGGAGCUUCCGGAGGCCGUUGAUGAGGCGGGCAUAGGUUUCAAACAGACAAAAUACAAUGUUAAGCUAAUCAACGCAUUGACGUUGUACGUUGGCAUCUGUGCCGUGGAAGAGCGUACAAACAGCGGCGUGGCGUUCAACUCAAAAUCUGUGCAUGUUGGCAUUCUGAGCUCGCUGAUCCAGGAGGGGCCUGUCGAGCUGCAAUAUUUGCUGCUGCAAGGAAUAGUGAACAAUUUGCGGUACCCAAAUGCACACACCCACUGGUUCAGCUGUGUGGUGCUGCACUUCUUCGGCUCGACUUCGUUAUGGGGAACGAAAAAGACCGAUGUCCAGCAGCUGAUCACCCGUGUGCUCCUGGAGCGCAUUGUGUGCAACAAGCCUCAUCCCUGGGGCCUGUUGAUCACGUUUACUGAGCUGCUGAAGAACAGCGAGUAUGCGUUCUUUGACCUGCCGUUCACCAAGGCCAGUCUCGAGUACGAGCGGCUGUUCAAUACAUUACUGUUGUACAUUAAGAACUCGCCGAAUGCGAGUUAA